AUGAUAAGAUUGACACAGAAACAGCUUAAUUAUCCUUUAAAGUGCCUUAGUAGCCGAAGCUUUUCAUACAGUUCUCGUAAUACUUUUUUUAGCAAUUUUUUUGGUUCGAAAGAGAUAAAGAAAAAUCAAGAUAUUAUCAAGAACCAAGAUGAUUAUGAGGUUGACCCAAAAUCCAAGAUUGUUAUAUUAGAUGAGAAAAACUCGUCCGAGUAUAAACCUUUCGAUGCAGAGAUAGAUAUGCCAGGGUUUGAAGUGAGACAAUGGAAGUUUCAGACGGUCAAAGACAAAGAUAUAGAAUCAACUUUCACACCUGAGAUAUUAUCGACCAUAAUAAAUGAGACAUUUCAAGAAAUAAAAGGCAUAAAAAUAAGCGAAGAAGACUAUGUGGCGACUGAUUUACAUGAUUUACAGUUUAGAUUCAAAUUUGCCAAACUUUUGCAACAAAAGCUUGGAUUUAACAUUAAUGACUACACAUUGUCAACAUCGCACUCAUUGAGCCAGUUAUCUAAUGAACUUGGAAAAGUCAUAUCAACCAGGUGGGCUACAGAAAGAAAUCCAAAUGCUAUAGUUUUGAGAAAGGAAGAUUUCCAAGCACCAAACGUAUAUUUGAAUACAGAACGCAAUGAGAAACAACAGGAGAAAUUAUAUAGCGAGUUAGUCCAAAGAGCAAGAGAGUCUGGAACUAAACCUGAAGCGUUAUAG